CUUCUCCCACUACAGCAGAGAAGACUACCCUCCUCUUCCGUCCUCCCUCUUCAAUUGCUCAAUUUUAGCCCUUCUUUCAUGAAAAACAUGGACUCCAAGUCGAAUCCAAAGCUGUAUCUUCUCACCGAUCAUACAACCGAGACCCCACCACCACCUCCGGCCUCAUCCGACGGCCGACAGCCACCUCCCCGGCGGCCAUCCUCUCGAACACCCUCGUUCUCCAGCUCCGCCUCCUCCCUCUCCGGCUCCCCUUCCUCCUUCUCUACCUCCUCCUCCCAUUCCCCCUUCCACCGCAUCCUCCCCUACUCCUCCAUCCCCUUCUCCUGGGAACGCCAGCCCGGCAUUCCGAAAUCCCCCUCCACCACCGCCACCCCCGCCACCGGCGACCGCAAUCCCCUCCUCCCUCUCCCUCCGCCUGUUAGAUCCGUCUCCGGAAUCAGUCAGAAGAAGCGAUCCGCCUCCGACGUUGAUCCAUUUACUGCUGCACUCGUCGAGUGCGCUAAGGAUGCCCCCGGUGUUGAUGCGAUGUGGUGGCGGCGAUCUGAUGAAUCUGUGGGAACAGUAGGUAAGAUGUUAGGGAUCUGUCGCCGUACAAUAAUGCCCGAUCGAGUUGGUUUCCUCGACCUUUUCGCCUCCUUCAACUGCAAAACCUCGUGUUCAGUAUCUGAUGCGACGAUCGUCGUUCCAAGAUCGAGGGUUCGGGCGGCUAGUUCGUAUGGGGUGUUGGACCGGCGGUCGGAGUGAAAUUUGGUAGGAAACAAUAUUGCAUCAGUGCAAAAGAGCUAUGAAGCCAGAAUUAGCCACAAAUAAUAUUUGGACAACUAAGGGGGAUGAUAAGAAGUUCUCAAUCUGCAGGAAGCAUUAUUAUCAGAUUGGUUUGUUCUCUAAGCAUGUUUACAGCUUAUGAUCCUGAAUGAUUCAAAUUGAAAGGGUAAUAUCUGCUGGAGGAACAACAAGCAUUGCCAAGUGAUUGGAGGACUAUCCAUUUGUGUAUUAUAAGCUCAGAAUAUUUUGACCAGAUUUUAAGUUGGAGGGUCAUAACCUUGUCAAUUGAUUUUGACCAAAACUUUUCCAUCUAAGCUUGUAU